GGGAGGAGACAUUGAUUUAUGGUGACCAACCCUGAACUUCAUUACUUCUAUGAGAAGCAGAAGUUCUAGGGUGCUGGCUCACUGAACACAUGUCUUUCCUCCCAGCCAAAGCCUUUGGAAUCUGAAUGAAUCCUUGAGAUGUUUAGGAUGAAGAGGUUAGAUGAUGACCAGGAGGGUUCUUCUGCAUGGACCUGGUGACCAAGUUCCCUGAUGUCUGCUCUGCUCCUGGUUUGGGCUGUGCUUCUGCACUUGGGAAUUGAACAGUCCCUGGGCAGAGGAGGGAAGUCAUGGGACCACUGCACAGAUUUGCGCCCUUUGGAUAUUCUCUCUGAAGUGGUUCCUGUGAAUGGAGUGAUGAGUGGGAUACGGAUGAUCCAAAUCCAAGGGGCACGUGGUUUCAAGUUCUCUGCAAUGCGUCCUCGUUUCCUCAGUUUCCCAGCAUCACGGAUUUUCAUUUACUGUGACCUCUUUCCAGAGGAAUUCUCCAUUGUGUUCACCCUCAGAACUCUCCACAUGCAAUCCAAGAGAAAUGAAUACAUCUUUACGGUGCUGGAGGAAAACAGUGACACCUUACUGCUCGGACUCCGAUAUUCACGUAACAAACUCCACUUCUUCUUCUGGAGCAGAGAGCUCUCCAAUGGCUGGCAGACCCGGGUCACCUUUCGAGAUGUGUUUUUGGCAGAUAACCAGUGGCACACAGUGGUUCUGGCAGUAUCCAAAGGCUCCUUCUCUCUCACGGUGGACUGCAGCAUCCCCACAGAUGUGAUUUCGGAUACUCCUUUCCCUCCCUCCUUGAUGAUGAGAAGAUCUCGCUUUUAUGUAGGAAGCAGAAGGAGAAGAAAAGGUUUCUUCACUGGCUUGUUAAGGCAGCUGGUCCUGUUGCCAGGAUCUGAUGCUACCUCACGGAUGUGCACUGGCAAGAACUUUAAUCUAGCAGUGCUCUCCAUCCCCCAAAUUCUGCAGGACCUCCCUGUGAAACCAGCGGGCAAUGAGCUGCUGACAUACCCUUACGAAGCAGACAUGAAGGUGACUCUGGGGUCCCAUCCUCCCUGCACCAAGAGUGAAAGUGGACAGUUCUGGUUUAAUGCUGCUCAGAAAGGACUUUAUAUCUGUAAUGGAACCACAUGGAUUUCUAUGCUAGAAGUUGAAGAAAAAUUGGACUACCUGGAAGAAUAUCAGAGUUUAGUGACAAGUUCUGAAACUAAAGGCAUUGAAGUUUUCGUCAUUCCCAGUGUGGGGCUCUUUGCAGCCACUGCGAAUCGCUACACUCCUCCUGGCUCAGCCAUCUAUAAAUGGACUGAUGAGAAAUUUGUGGCUUACCAAAAUAUUCCCACCUACCAAGCUGAAUCUUGGAAAUUCUUUACAAUUGGAAAAAAGAUUUUCCUAGCUGUAGCUAAUUUUGAAGGGGAUGACAUGGGUCAGGAGUUUUCUGUAAUUUACAAGUGGAACUAUAGAAAAGAGAAAUUUAUUGUGUACCAGAGGAUUGUCACGCAUGGAGCCAGGGACUGGGAGUCAUUUGUCAUUGAUGGGGAGGCCUUCCUUGCAGUGGCUAAUCACAGAAAAGGGGAUAACCACAAUAUAAAUAGUGUCAUAUACAGGUGGAACUCCAGGAUGGGGCUUUUUGAAACCAACCAAACCAUUCCUACCUCAGGAGCCUAUGACUGGGAGUUUUUUCAUAUUGGGCCUUAUUCCUUCCUGGUGGUAGCCAACACAUUUAAUGGAACAACCACCAAGAUCUACUCUCACAUUUACAUUUGGCUUAGUGGAACCUUCCAGCUCUUCCAGUCAAUCUUGACUUUUGGUGCUACUGACUGGGAGGUCUUUCACAUCCAAGACAGAGUCUUCCUUGCUGUGGCCAACAGCCACAGUUAUGACAGUAGAUCUGCUUUCCCCAACAGCUACCAUGCCAUCAAUUCUUCCAUCUAUGAGCUCAACAUCACUGCACAGAUGUUUGUCAAAUUCCAAGACAUUUUGACCUACAGUGCUCUGGACUGGGAGUUCUUCUCAGUGGGAGAAGAUAACUUUUUGGUGGUAGCGAAUUCCUUUGAUGGUGUGACUUACUCUGUAAACAGCUUUAUUUACAGAUGGCAAGGAUAUGAAGGCUUUGUAGCAGUUCACCGUCUUCCGACGUUCGGCUGUAGGGACUGGGAAGCUUUUAACACUACAACUGGAUCAUACCUCAUGUAUUCCAGUGCACGGGAACCACUCUGCAAGGUGCUAAAGCUGAAAACUUUUUGACCUGGAAAGAGAGACUGUGAUUUAAAGCAAACAAAAGACACUUGAAUCUGAAAGGAAGACCUUUUGCUCUUUAGGGCUAGAAUGAGGAACAUUGUACCUUGGACACACUGCAGUGGAAGUCACCAGUAUUCCAGGACCAAACUCUUCUUGGCCUUUCUCAGCUAAGCACGAUGUGUUCAUGAAGUUGCAGAGGAUUAGAUAUGAUGUCCUAAUUAGUGUAAUAUCCCAGGACUAAAAAUGCAAAUUCCUGGCUGGCUAGUUAUAUGAAUGAAUAGAACUUGGCAUAGUUGCACUCUGGAUUACAAGUUCCAGAAUCCCAUGGGUAGGAGAUUCUGGAAGUUGCAUUCUAAAAGAUACUUUUCCAAGAUCUUCUAGUAUGUACAAUAGGUUAUCACAGGGUUUUCUUAGCAUGAUUUGUUCAGAAGUGGUUUGCCAUCUCAGUGGGUUUUAUGGUGGGCAUUUGAACCUGGUCUCCAAAGUCGUAGUUGAAUACUCAAGUCAGUACACCGCAACAUGCAUAACUGAAAAGGUGCUGAUGUAAUCUUCUCCUUCAAACUCUUUUUCCCACUAGAGCAGGACACUGGAAACAGAAUAACUUCUCUGGCAUUUUAUGGCUUGUUGAUCUACAGUUUGGAAAUAUGGAAAAAUAAAGGCAUUUGUUUGGAAUCCCUCAGCUUCCAUCACUCCUGGGGAAGAACGUGGAAGCACAUAAUGCCAUAUACUUUACUGUGCUACAAUAGCUGGAGUCCUGAUAAUGGUUUCAGAAGAUUGCUAAGUUGAUGGUAGCAUUUAAAAUUCCCAAGACCCAACUGCUUGUUUGACAGUCUUAAACUUCUGUGGCUAUCACUAAAAAUUAUUGAUAGCUCUAGAUCUCUCAAUUUCAAGAGAAAAUACUUGUGUUACAUGGAGAAAAUUAUAAACUUAGUUGUUCCCUUAGUACAUUCAUAUAUACCUAAGAGAUACCACACCAGCUGUGGCACAGGUCAGUGGAGUAGAUAAAGUGCCUAGGGCAUGGGUGGAAAUGUUUGAUCCUCCAGAUGUUGCUGGACAGCAGCUUCUAUCAGUCCUAACCCAUAUACCUAGUGGUGAGGGAUCAUAGGAGUUCAUGGCUGGGAUCUUAUUGGAUAAUUCCCAACUAAAAUAGAACCAUUAAAUGAAUUGAUGGACAGUGAGCCAACAAAAAGGUUAACUCCAAUUCAAUCAGGAUUCUAGUCCAGGCUUAUAUUAGGGCUAAGGUCACCAUCUUAUGGGUUAGAGCAGUGGUUCUCAAUCAGGGGUUCCCAGAUGUUUUUGGCCUACAACUCCCAGAAAUCCCAACCAGUUUACCAGCUGUUAGGCUUUCUGGAAGUUGAAGGACAAAAACAUCUGGGGACCCCAGGUUGAGAAGCACUGGGUUAGAGCCAUGGCCUACAACCAGUGCUUGAAAUUUCUGUGUAGGAAGCAUAACUAUGAAGAACUGAAAGCCACAUGAAACUGAAAGUUUCAAGACAGGGCCAUGCAAAAUGGGAUCUUCUAACUGUUGCUGGAGUCUAAUUCCUAGCAUUUCCUACUGUUGGCUAUGCUGGCUAGGAGUUGCAGCCCAACAACAUAUGUAGCAUUUGUGUUUUAAGAAAAUAAUAGUUCUGGAUGGGCAUUUGGAAAGCCAUUACUCUCUUGCCAAAUGGGCUUUUGGUAUCUCUGUAGUAUCCUCCACUCUAUCAUUAUUGGUGCUUUUUUCAUCCUUAUUUCUUAGCCUGUGAAUUGCCCCCAAAGUGUAGCUUCUGCUGGUUGUUGCAAAUUAUUUCAACAUUGUCUAUAAAUUGUAUGUUUUUAUUGUAUAAAUCAAUAGUGUUGACAAUCACCUUUGUUAUACUGUAUGGAGAUGAAAUUAUUUAUUAUUCAGAGAAUAUUUGCAACAAUGAAUAUAAUCCCCAAUAAAACUAGCAAAAUGACUUGCCCCAUCCCAGUGGUUUUGUUCUGCUUCAGGUCUUAUUCAACAGCAUCUCACUGGAAAUAAAAAAGGGGAAAUGCAGCACCAUUUGGCAAAAACAGACACAUACACCCCAAACACUUACAUGGUUCUAGGGGAUACCGAAGUCCGAUUCACAUUUAUGUUUUAAAAGCAUGAGAACAUAAACUGAAAAACACAAGAAGCCUGCUAGAACAGACAAAGGGAUGACCCUAGUCCAGGCUAGGCACAAGCAAUAGUAACCAAGGUAGGAACAGUAUCAAGGAGCAUAGAAGGGACACUUGGGUUGGCCUUCAUUGGCCCAGUAAUGGUUGUUGUGUGCCGUCAAGUCAUUUCUGACUUAUGGCAACCCUAAGGCAACCCUGUCACAGGGUUUUCUUGGUAAGAUUUCUUCAAAGGGUUUUUGCCUUUGUCUUUCACUGAGGCUGAGAAAUUGUGGUUUGUCCAAGGUCAUUGGGUAGAUUUUCAUGCUUGAGCAAACUGUAGCAUGCUAUCUCUCAGUAACUGUAGUCCAUUUUUAAACACAAUCCUACAAUCUCUUGAAUGCCACAUUGGUGGUUUCAUUUUGUUGAUAGCUACUAGAGAAGGAAAUGCUUUUGUUGAUAGCUAGAGAUGGGGGGAAACUCUAUAUUCUACAGUGAUUCAGGUGACACUACCAUGAUGGCUUCAGGCCAUAAGAAUGAGGAAAAAUAAUUCCAAAGUACCUAGUGGUUCCUUCAUUCUCAGGAUGCCAAGCAAUGUUCCUGGCCAUGUAUAUUUUGGUGCAUUGUUUCCUUGCACUUUUUCUCUGUAGAUGUCUCUCUCUGCCAUAUUUAUGCUCUAAGAAAUUCCUGGUUUUUUUAUAUUACAGAAUAAUGUUCUGUCUUGUUUUUGGAGCUAGAACAUGGGAUCACCCCCAAACCAAAACAUUGCAGCUUAUUGCAGCUGGAUUUAACCAACACACUCCCACUGGCUCAACCAAGGCAAAAAAGGGAUCUGUUCUGUUAGGAAGCCCAGCAGAGGGCAAUGCAGGAGUGUGUACCAAAGUGGGAAGAGGAGUUAAAUUUGCAGCAGCUAGUAGCAUUUCCUCACUCACAGGCAGGAACAGCGAGGCAGUAUAAUACCAUCUCCAUGCCAUAAAUAUGCCAUGUGUGAAAAAUGAGUGUCUGGAUUUUCUGGCUCUUCUGUUCCCUCAUUGUCUCCUUUUCCUUUUGCAUCAUGUCUACUGGACUGCAUUCCUGCAGCUAAGGGCUUUAUUUGUUUUUAGUCUUCUUUUGAAUACCACCGCAGCCAGGGAAUGUUUCCCCUCCAUCUUUCGGAAUAAUGAAGUCAACAUUCCUGAAAUGGAAGAACCAAGUGGGUGGUUUUUUUUCUUCUGUUUAUGCUUUUUUUUUUU